AUGGCCAUGACAACCGAAGCACUCGUUGUGGCGGAGCUCGGCGCGAACCCUACACUGGAGACAAUUCAAAUCGACGAACUGCGCCCUGACGAGGCUCUUGUGGAGAUCCAUACCGUGGGCUUAUGUCAUACGGAUAUUUCCUGCAUCGAGGGAACGAUACCGGUCGAGUUUCCCGCAGUUCUCGGGCAUGAAGGGUCCAACGGUUCAGGAGGAGGAGUCUUACUCAAGGCGGGCGCUCAUCUUACACACCUUACCGCGGGAAGUAAAGUGCUUCUCAGCUUCAACUCCUGUGGUAUUUGCCGGGAGUGCGUGUCUUCCUUCCCUUCCUACUGUCAAAACUAUUCAAGCCUGAACUUUGGCGGACGGCGCGAGGACGGCAGCCAGCCAUUAUCUUUACCGUUGGGGACGAAAUUGUUCAGCAACUUUUUCGGUCAAAGCGCGUUCUCUAAGCUUGCAAUAGUCAAUGGUCGGACGAUUGUUCAAGUACCACAGUCAACAGAUCUAGCGCUCUUUGCACCACUUGGGUGUGGCAUCCAGACGGGCGCGGGGACUAUCUUGAAUACUUUGGACGUGCGCCCCGGCCAGAGUCUGGUAGUCUUCGGAGUCGGGGCUGUGGGAUUGGCCUGUGUCAUGGCUGGGAAGCUCCGAGGUGCGGACCCCUUAAUUGCAGUCGAUAUUGAUCCGACGCGAUUGGAUCUUGCGAUAAAGCUUGGAGCCACGCAUGGGAUUCUAGCUUCAGACAUCACUCUCGGCAUAGUGGAGGAAAUAAAACGGCUAUGCCCCGGAAACGGCGUCCAACGUGCUGUGGAUUGUUCUGGAGUCCCGUCGGUGAUCGAGCAGAUGAUCAAAUCCCUGGGUUCGAGAGGGAAAGCCGCCACAGUCGGGGCUCCCGCGCCAGGGAAAUCUGUAAACAUUGAUGUCUUCACCCAUAUCAUCAAGGGUACACACUACAUUGGAAGCUGUGAAGGGGACUGUGUUCCUUCAGAGAUUAUCCCUUAUCUGAUAGAGAAACAUUCGCAGGGGCUUUUCCCGCUUGAAGAAUUGGUGACAGUCUAUGACGGAAAGGAUUUCACAAAAGCGUUCGAGGAUGCACGUAAAGGAAUGGUGGUCAAAGCUGUGUUGCGCUGGAAGUAG